GAGGGGAGCAGAACAGCAGCAGCAGCACUAGAGGCGGGAGGAUGUAGCGUCUGUGCUACCGAUUAGGCUGAUCAGAGUCGGAGCUACGAUGCAGUGACAGACUACAGGAAGACACGAGAGGGAGAGUAACACACGAUUGCGCACGAGGGAUGAUCCUCUCCUAGACUAUGGCACCGUCGGGCUCGCGUAGUAUCAAGAGGGGCUGUCAGAGAGUUUUAUACUGGAUCCCUGUCCUCUUCAUCGCCCUCAUUGUGGCUUGGUCAUACUACGCUUAUGUUUUGCAGCUUUGCAUAGAAUCAAUUGAAGACACGGGAGAAAAGGUUGUUUACCUGCUGGUGUACCAUGUCAUAUUUAUCAUGUUUGUGUGGGCGUACUGGCAAACCAUCUUCACCAAGCCAGUGAACCCCCUGAAGGAGUUUCACCUGUCCUACUCUGACAAAGAGCUGCUGGAGCGUGAAGAUCGAGGGGAGUCUCAGCAGGAGAUCCUGAGGAGGAUAGCCAAGGAUCUGCCCAUCUACACCCGUACCAACUCUGGAGCAAUCCGUUUCUGUGACCGCUGCCAGCUGCUGAAGCCUGAUCGAUGUCACCAUUGUUCAGUCUGUGAUAAAUGCAUCCUGAAGAUGGAUCACCACUGCCCCUGGGUUAACAACUGUGUGGGAUUCUCCAACUACAAGUUCUUCAUGCUCUUCUUGGCAUAUUCACUACUCUACUGCCUUUUUAUAACUGCUACAGAUCUGCAGUACUUCAUUAAAUUUUGGCUGAAUGGCCUCCCAGACACACAGGCAAAGUUCCACAUCCUAUUCCUCUUCUUCUCAGCUGCCAUGUUUUCUGUCAGCCUGGCUUCACUUUUCACCUACCACUGCUGGUUAGUCUGCAAGAACAGAUCUACUCUCGAGGCUGUGCGUGCUCCAGUGUUUCGCCACGGCACAGAUAAGAAUGGCUUCAGUCUGGGCCUCAGUAAGAACUUCCGUCAGGUUUUUGGAGAUGAAGUAAAAUUCUGGCCUAUUCCAGUAUUCUCCAGUUUAGGCGAUGGCUGCUCUUUUCCAGCCUGUCUGGUGAGUGUGGACCCUGAGCAGCCCUCAUCGCCCACAGGCCCCAAUGCUCCUGUUAACAAGGGUGCAGCAGAGGGCCACCAGUUCCCUUCAAAGCCACUGAGAGAGUCUCAGAGUCGGCUGCUUACAAGCACCCCCUCCUGGUCUGAGAGUGACAGUGCAUCAGACAAAGACAGAAAAGGUGCAAGCAACCCAGGGAUAGUGAUCGAAAAUGAGGCAUAACCAGAGACUGGGCAACAGGUCACACCAUCACUUCAAGAGAAGUCUAUGUUGCCCCCUCCUCUGUGUCUGUGCCUGUCUGAUGUGACAUGGUGCUGACAUCAUCAGUAUUUGAAGUUUUCAAUACUGUACCUUGCUUCUGAGAAGUUUACAUGACAGAUCCUACAUUAACAACAGGAUUUAAAAAAAAAAAAAAAAACAAGAAAUACCAUCAUCCCCAGUCUUACUGGUACUGUUAUGCAACUCUUUCUGUUGCUUUCUGGAAGUUUUUGGGCUUCAGGACAAAUAGAUUGAAAUUAAAAUGCAUUCCAACAUCUCUUUUCUUAUGUUCCAAUGGAAAAGCACAGAGCAGCAGUGGAUGAUUUGUAUAAUUUUCACUUUGUGUAGUAGUAGAUCUACCUGAGCUACUUCCUAUGUUACAGUAGAAUUUGUCUCAUGUGCCAAAUGUUUGCAAAUCAAGUAUAGAGUAGCAGAAGUGUUAAUGUGAUGGGUUUUGUUUUAGUACUUUUUCAGUGUAGUUUUACAUAUCCUGAAAGGAGUGGCCAGGUUUUUCACCGACCACAUUGAGUGUUGUGAAAGUUUAAAUGAUGCAUGCUGUCAUCUCAGGAUGUCUACAGACACUGAUGUGAUGAACUGUACUACUUUGCUUGGAAUCAAAAAAGUUAGUGAUCUGAAUAAGGGCUCUUCAGACUUGUUAUAGCAUGAGUGAAGAUUUUUGCAGUCUUAUGGGAACACCUAGAGCUGGUGCUGCUCUGUGCUACGACAAGGUGUGUCCCCCUCUCAAAUUUCUAUACUGCUGUCUGGCAGUCUGCGGUGCGCGUCCAACUGCUGGCCAAAGGCUCACUGACUCUCCGGAGGGCUGGCACACUGGCUGCCUGCAAGAGCCUCUGUGUAAUGCUGCAGAUCUGUUUACCAUCAGUUCAGUGUUUUUCUACGUCAUAAUGACAUCGUGGAUGCAGAGCAAACAAAAAAUGUGAAUAAAAAAAUAUAUAUGCUCCAGCUGCUGUGUACAAUAUAUUUUCAAAUUCUUAGGACUCUCUUUGUCGUUGUCUUUGACUGGGAAUUGUAAAACCAUGACAAAAAUUUAUUUGGAAGAAUGUAUGCUUGUUACUGUAACACCUUAAUGGUUGAGUCUCAAUCUUUAUUUUUCUAUUCUGCUGUCUGUAUUGACUCUAAAGACAA